UGUUUCCAUCUGACAACCAAGAAGAACCGGGACGAGAACAAAGCAUUGUCCAUUGUCUUUGAAACUCCAUUAAUUCAGACUACGUUCCUAAUAAAAUGGGCGAGAUAAAUUUAGAGGCUCUGAGUUCUGCUUUGAAAUCGAUCAAAACUUUGCGAAGUUCUGUCGUUGAGAUCUUUAAAUUUUUAGAUGACGGAGCUGCUUCUGCUCAUGAUGAUGAAGAGCGCGAAAAAUUCGUUUCUGAUGCCCAGCAAAAAUUGACCAAUGCUAGAGUUCGCAUGAGAGAUUUGGAGACUGCAUGUACCCUACUUGGUUCAUCUUCUGUUCCACUGAAUUUAGGGAACUCAGGUCUUCUCAGCCAAGAUCCAACCUAUGAGAAAACAUCAUUGUAUAAUGAUUUGAUAAAGUCUCAUCAAUGGUUUGACAAAAUGCAUGAACAUAGCAGUCAUGCUUGUGCAAUCCUAGCUCAAAACUCCUUGAAGAGAACCUAUAAUAGGCCCUUGUCUCCCAACUCUGGACAACCUACCCGUCCUUCUGGACACAUCGUUCCCGCACAAACUGUUGACGCAUUUAUUUCUCAAUUUGGUCGCAUGUUCCCAGACAUGCAGAUUCAGAUUCUUCGGCCAUGUGGUGCAUCUACUGUACUUUUGAUUACACUUGGCAGAACUUUAAAAGCAUUGAUCAUUUUAAGAGGUUUGAUCAUUGAAUGGGUGGUUACAAAAGGAUAUGAUGAAGAUUUUAAUGAUAGAGAUGAACAACUGGAUAUGUGGUCAGGAUCUCGAUAUAAGAUAUUUCAAAAGGUUACAGAUCAUGCUAAUGCAGCUAUGUUACAUUUUUAUUCCCCUCAUCUCCCUGAUCUUGCUGUGCGAUCAUUUAUGACCUGGCUGCAUAGUUAUAGUAAUCUUUUUACUGCAACUUGUCGCAAGUGUGGUGUGAGGCUCCAUGAUAACAUGCCUCCUACUUGGAGAGAUGUACGAACUCUUGAUGCAUAUCAUGAAGCAUGUCGAGUUUGAAAGCAUUUUGUUAAACUGUUAAUGGCAUUCCAUUCUAAACAUUGCUUAUUUGUGUAAGCUUCCUGAAAUGGUGAAUAUUUUGUGACGUUAUUUUAAAAUUUUCUGAUAAUGAUUUUUGUAACUUCACCUCACUAUUUGCUUAUCUGUGUUGAGUUUUUAUUGCCUAUUUUGCAUCAUUAUUCAGUGCAAACUUUUGUGAACAAACUUUUUUAGACAUGUUUCAUGUGCAAAAAACUUCAGUAUACUUGUAUUUCUAUUUUUGUACUGUGUUGUAACUAUACAAACUUAUCUAAGAGCAUUCAUAUUUAUCUAAAAUGGGGAGAAUAAUGUAGCAGUAGUUAUUUUCUAACGUUUUUCUUGGUUGCAAAACAAAAGUUGGGAUUCAAAUGUUAGAAUCAAAAUCUUUUGGGCCAAUAUGAUCAUAGUGAAUUACAGUGUUUUUAUAUUGAAUGUUAGCUUGAUUCUUAAAAAGAUAUAUCUUUAUUGUUUUUAAAAAAAAUGUUAAAGAUAUUCAAAGCCAAAUCAAAUUGUAUUAAUGAUGCGUAUUAAAUGGAGGUCACUUUAAAAAACUUUUAUUCAAAAUCCUUUUUUCAUAUUCAAUCAUUGAAAUUUUACUCUUGAUCAAAAAAGAAAGUUAAAAACAGAACGAAAAAAAUAUUAAAAUAUAAUAAUUUCUAUUGAAAUACAUUAUUUACUUCUUCACAAGCAAAAGUAAAAAUAUUAGAUGUAUAUUUUAAAUUAAGAUUUAAAAUAUACAUAGCAAUAAUUUGAGUUCAAGACUUAAAAUGUAAUGCAUUCUGUUUUAAAACAAUAUUUUUUAUUCAGUUCGGUUCAGAUCUGCCUAACUAAAGCAGCAUUUAUCUCUUGAUUCUUCAUAAAUCAAUGAAAACAUCUUCAAUGAAGACAAAGUAUAAUUUUUUGACAGUUUGGAACUCAAUCUUAAUGCAAUAGUUCAGUUGAUCAACAUAAUGUAGAAAGAGUUAUGGAAACACUGUGUUGAGUAGAAAUAUCUUUGCUUGAUUACUAGGCAUUAAUUUGAAUACACAAUAUUUUUCUCUUUCUCUUGAUUCUCAUAUUUGUUCUUUUAUUGCAUUUAUUAACCUUUGUUAGGUUAUUUUUAUCUAUAAAUGACAACUGAUCUCUUUCCUGUGGGAAGAAACUAAUAUGAAAGUUGACUUUCAAGAGAUCUUCGUUUCAUUGUGAAAUUUGAUGUUUGGUCUUGUACUGUAUAUUUUAUGCUGGUUAGUGUUAGUCAAUGUGAAUAAAUAU